ACCGUCGCGCCGCGUCUUCCUAAGAGAGCUCCUGUCAGCCCGCUGAGCCCACCGCCCGCUCCCCGCUGCCCUGCGGUCUUCGCGUGGGCCAGAGGCGGAGGGACAACUAAAAUGGCGGAGCGGAGCCUAACGGCGCCCGAGGCAGGCAAUGAUAUGAGAAAUGAUGAUGCCAUCGGAGGGAAUGUGGGCAAAUAUAUGGUGCUUCCAUCUGGAUACUGUGGACAGCCCCAGAAAGGACAUCUUAUAUUUGAUGCUUGCUUUGAAAGUGGUAACCUUGGCCGGGUAGACCAGGUCUCUGAGUUUGAGUAUGAUCUGUUCAUUAGGCCGGAUACUUGUAAUCCACGCUUCCGAGUCUGGUUCAACUUUACUGUUGAAAACGUGAAAGAAUCACAGGUGAGGGAAAUAGUGGAUCCCUUCAGUGUGGUUUUGAGGGUCAUUUUCAACAUUGUUAAUUUCAGCAAGACUAAGAGUCUUUAUAGAGAUGGGAUGGCCCCUGUGGUGAAAUCUACCAGCAGGCCCAAAUGGCAAAGGCUGCCACCUAAAAAUGUUUACUACUACCGCUGUCCAGAUCACCGGAAGAAUUAUGUGAUGUCCUUUGCAUUUUGUUUUGACCGAGAAGAAGAUAUUUACCAGUUUGCUUACUGCUACCCAUACACAUAUACUCGUUUCCAGCAUUACCUUGACAGCCUGCAGAAGAGAAACAUGGAUUAUUUCUUUCGGGAGCAGCUAGGCCAGAGUGUGCAACAGCGGCAGCUUGACCUCUUGACAAUAACCAGCCCCGACAAUCUUCGGGAAGGGGCAGAGCAGAAGGUGAUAUUCAUCACAGGUCGAGUUCACCCAGGGGAAACACCUUCUUCAUUUGUGUGCCAAGGGAUCAUUGACUUCCUUGUGAGCCAGCAUCCUAUUGCUCGUGUCCUACGAGAACACUUGGUCUUCAAGAUCGCACCAAUGCUCAACCCUGAUGGAGUCUACCUGGGCAAUUACAGGUGCUCUCUGAUGGGGUUUGACCUGAAUCGUCACUGGCUGGAUCCCUCCCCAUGGGUCCACCCUACUCUGCAUGGGGUGAAACAGCUCAUCAUCCAGAUGUACAAUGAUCCGAAAACAAGCCUGGAGUUUUAUAUUGACAUCCACGCCCACUCCACCAUGAUGAAUGGCUUCAUGUAUGGCAACAUCUUUGAGGAUGAGGAACGGUUCCAGAGGCAGGCCAUUUUCCCCAAGCUCCUCUGCCAGAAUGCUGAGGACUUCUCUUAUUCCAGCACAUCCUUUAACCGGGAUGCUGUGAAGGCAGGAACUGGCCGUCGCUUCCUUGGAGGACUCCUGGACCACACUUCCUAUUGCUAUACCCUGGAGGUCUCUUUCUACAGCUACAUCAUCGGCGGCACCACGGCUGCAGUGCCCUACACUGAAGAAGCCUACAUGAAGCUGGGGAGAAACGUGGCAAGAACAUUUUUGGAUUAUUAUCGGCUGAACCCCAUGGUUGAGAAAGUGGCGAUUCCCAUGCCGAGGCUGCGGAAAGAAAAACCCCCUCCCUACAAGUACCCACUCCCGCUGGGCCCGGCCAGCAGCUACCCCAACGACAAAAGGGACAAGAAGAGCUCAGUGAACCACAAAGACCCUUCAAACUCUUUUUAAAGACAUGAAGUCUGGGGAGGUCUCAGGGGGACAGGAACGUGCAUUUUCUGUGGGACACGAAAUUAAUCAUCCUUUUCUGGUUUCCCAGAUAAGUAUUUGUGGGAUAACAAAUAGACUAGUGAAAGGGAAGAAAAAAUGAGAAAUUUCAUUAUUGAGUUUCCCCUUUUAUCAAUGGGAAAUCAAUUGUGAGCCUUCAGAUCCAGGCCAGGAGCAAAAUAGAAGACCUAAACAAGGCAAGAGUACACAUGAUAUUUUCCAAAACAUAGCUAUCCUAAAGAAAAACCCGUACAUCCCUUUGUAAGAUGUUCAGGUUAGUCCUUUCAAAGCCCCUUUACGUUUUUAAGUUGUUUAGUUACUACAUAUUGUUACUUUUUAGAUUUGACUAUAGUUGUUUUCAACUUUAGAGAUGCAGUGCCCAUUUUUUCUCAUCCAAAACAACAGCAACAACAUAUACAACCCAAAGACAAAUGUGCUGUUGGGAACAACGGGACAGAAUUUUUGAAAUCAGGGUGGUCUUAGACAUGUGGUCACUGAAUCUAUAGUCUGCAUGUUUUCUGGUUCCCCCAAGGCCCAUCAUGCAACUUCAGAAAACCAUUCAGAGAGCUUUUACCCUAUUCUCUGGGCACUUGAAUUAUUAACUGGGUAGUUUAAUUGAAACUUUAGUUCUAAAGGCGAAAAGGGUUGGCUACUCUUUCCAAAAGGUAUGUCAUGGUUAAAAUCUCCAGAUCUCUGGUGUCAGGGCCACCGAAAAGGUGGGCCUUGAUAACCUGCAAUGGGUCAGCUUGGGGGAAGAGUAAGUGCCAAGAGACAAAAGAAGGCACCCCAAGGCAGGUGGGAAUGAUAAAAUAAAGCAACAGCAGUAGUAACUCCCAAGGUGGUACAAGCUAAACAUUGUGCAUUUUUCUGAAGAGUAAGGUGUCUUUGCAUGAUGAAUGGGUCCAGGGGAGUCUGCUCCCCUCCUGUCUCUAGAAGCAGCAGGCUGAGUCACCAUGACAGCUUGCUAAUUAAAAUGACCUCCCAGAAACAAGGAAUAGGAGAUGAGGGAAAGGAGGCAAGACUCAAGGGAGAUAGGGCCUUUAGCACAAAGCUCCAGUUAAAUAUUCUUUUGGCUUGAGUUGGAGAUAUUUGAGGUUUGUUGCAAAAAGCAAGACCAAAGCUUGUUCUCUCUUUACUAGUUGGUUUCCAGAAAUGAUAACAAAGAACCGUAUGUUGUUUGGCUACAAAUGUCAUGUGUAUAUACAGCUUCUCCCCUUGGUUCUUGUUGCCCAAAGGAACAAAAAUA